AUGGAGACUCCCUAUGGAGUCUCUAGUGAACAGAGCAACUCACUAAUUUCCAUCAAACUGAUAGACAAGCAGGCACGUGAAAAUCAUGAAAGUGCCGAUGGUCGUCUCAAAUCUGUAACAAAUUACUCAAAUUCGAACAAAUCAGAAGAUCACACAGGAAUUGUCGGUCAUUUUGGAGAACAAAACGCGCCGCGCGAAGAAAACGGUCAGUGUCCUAUUGGGGGCAAGGGAAGAGAAACAAUGAACACGUUGAAGAUAGACGAGAAUAUCGUUAUUCUACCAACCGACAAAAGACGGUUAAAGUUGCCCAUUGACAAACUGGGCUACACCAACAAACCAAAAGCCCUGCUUAGCGACAAAAGAGUCCCACCCCCUAGAGAAUGGCUGGAGUAA